GCGGUGAGAAGGAGAAGGGCGGCAAGAUCGAUCGCCGCAACCGGCCGCUCGAGAUGGUGCUGGAGGGCGUCAUCUGGGGGGCGCAGCCCCAGACGGAGACGCAGUGGCGCGAGUGCGUGGCGGAGCUGCUGCUAAACAAUAGCCUCCUCUCGUUCGCCAGGGCGCCCCCCGCGCAGAUGGCGUUCGGUCGCGGCCCGGAGGCGCGGGGCGAGGCGCUGCAGGACGACCCAGACAUGGCCACCUACAGCGCGAUCGCGAACAGCCCGACGGCGGCGCGGCCGGCGCGGAUCAGGGCGAUCGCGCGCAUGGAGGUGUUCAUGCAGCGGGACAAGCUGACGGCGCGUCGGGCGCUGGGCUCUCGGCCGAGAGUUGCGGCCAAUUACCUGCCCGGCGACGUGGCGGCGGUGUGGCGCAUAAUGAAGAACAGGGGUGUCUUGGGCAUGCGCGCCCGUCGCAGGUGGAGGCCGGGCAUCUGCGUGGGCGAGGUGCGAAGGAACUACUGGGUGGCGCUGCCAGGCGCUGCGGCGAUGGCGUCGCCCGAGCACGUGAGAUCGCGGACCGAGAUGGUGGGCGUGGAGCACUACGUCGGCCAGAGGUUUGAGGGCAUCGCAGGCGGGGUGCGGCCAGGCGGAUGGGGCGCGCUUCCCCGCGCCCUGCAGCUCCUGAGCCACCGGCAGAGGCGAAUGCCGACUGUGGCGCGCGAGCCCGCGGGCGGCCAGAUGAUGGAGGACCCCGAGGAGCAGGGGGAGGUCGAGCGCCCGAGCUCGGAGGGGCAGAGGGGCAUCGGCGCGCAGAGCAGCGGCCAGGGCGUGUCCGGUGGUCAGCUGAUCGGUGGGGUUGCGCGCCCUCCGAGUCUGCCGAGUCCGCCGCUUAUCGAUUCAGCUGAUGCUCGCCUGGCGGAAGAUGUGGGCGUGGACAUCGUCGCGGGUGCGGUGGACGUCUUGCUGCCCCAAGAGAGCAGUGAUAUCCAUUUCAAGGGCGAGAGAUGGAAGUCGCCCAAGGGUUGCGGUGUGAUCGAGAAGGCGUGCGAGAAGGAGGGGGGGGCUUGUUGCGCGAGGCCCGCGCUGACCUUGCGGCCGCGCGGCAGCGGCGGGGAUGUGAUCAAGUGUUGGUGCGCGCUGCAGGGCUCCAGGGACCCUGGCGUCAUGGGCCUGUUGCGCGAGGGGCGGGCGGCGAGGCCCGCCGUGUCCGCCGACGGGCGGGCGCUGCUGCAGACUCUGGCAUCGUGCAAGUUUAGGUCAUCGCCCGGAACUCUCCUCGAGGUGAUCAACGGGCGCGGGCCGGGGGGCCAGCCGCGGCAGCGGUGGCGCGCGUUCGAGGGGUUCGUGGUGGGGGAGCUGCAGUUUGACCGGCGCCCGAUGGGCCCGCGCGCGUUCGUGCUGAGGGGGCCAGCGACGAAGGAGAGCGCCCGCCUCGCGGCCUGGGGCCAGCUCCGCGGUGAGCUGGGCGCGCUGCGCGGCAUUCUCGGCGUGCGCAUCGAUGGCCCGGUCAACGGCGGCCGCGGGCAGCUGUGGGCAAGUGCGAUGGCGGGGUUCCGUCUCAGGAAUUGGGUGACUGGUCGCGGAGAGUUCGCGGGGUCGGUGCUCGCCCUGCGCUCUGACUACUCGAUCGCCCAGACGUAG